AUGGGUUUCAAAGACUCUCUUCAUCGGCUACCUCUUGCCAAACGUGAAGUCUCCCUUUUCAGUCAAGUUGAGUGCUCAAAUGGCUCAGCUCCUACAGACUUUGACCCCAAAUCCGAUUCUGAAUCAAGAUCCUAUAUUGAUGACCCUGAACCUGAUCCUGAACAAGGAUCCUAUUUUGACGACCUAGACCCCGACCCCGACUACAACUAUGACAACCCCAACCUUGACUUCGAUGACGACCCCGACCCCGACUCUGAUGAUGACCAUGACCCUGACUCUGAGGAUGACCCCAACCCUGAAUUUGUCUCUGAUUCAGACCCAAAUUCUGACUUCGACUCUGACUCCGACCCCGACCCAGGCUCAGAUUCCGAUUCGAAUUCCUACUAA